GUGAUCCACCCUUGAAAGAAGGGCACCAUCGCGUCGAGAUGACCGAUGUGUCGGUGCCAGGACUGCGGAACCUAGGCAAUUCAUGCUACUUCAACGCGGUCCUGCAAGCACUAGCUGCGUCUGGGUGCUUUCAGGAGUAUUUGACUGGGCUCGUCGAAGCCGGUGAUGUCGCGUCCGAACAAAGGCCAUUCACGUCCGUCCUGCAACAAUGCCUCGCAGAUCUGUCGCCCCAACGCCGCGCGUACAUUUCGUCGGUGGUACCGCGAGACCUCAACUCCAUGUUGUCCGAGGACACGUCCAUGUUCCGCGGCAUGCAUCAACAGGAUGCCGAGGAAGGGUUUCAAUUCAUCAUGGAGAAACUCGAGAAAGAGGUCAAUAGGUCCAAACCUGACGCUUUCUCGCUGUCGACGCUACUACCCACCCGCGCUCCCAACUCCGCCGACACAGACACGUCGUCGAUCCAUCCGUUCCAUGGCCUCACGGGCAACGUGCUGCAAGUGCCACAUGCAGAAACCGAUAUCGACCGAUUACUUUCUCGACUUGAAGCUGUCGCUUUGUCCGUCUAUGGACAGCCAGCGGCCAUUCCGCACCCUCCGCGAGUCGCUGCGGCACUACACGAGGAAAGAGCAGAUCGACGAGGUUGAAUGUACGCAUUGCACAUUCCUUCAACUCCUUCUCGCCGUCGACAACGCCCUCCACGCGCUGGCCGCGGCGCCCUACGCCGACUCACGAUCGUUCCCCACCACAACCCGUUCCAGUGAAGACCCCAGCGACGACGACGAUCGAGAUGCCCGCCUCUUUAACUUCCGUCGGCUUCGUGAUAUGCUGUCGCACCGCGUCGAGACAAACAGCGGCAAUCCCGUGUGUGAUGUCGACUUGGACGAUCCGCAUUGCUGGACCCCCGAUCAGCUCAGCAUUUGGAACGCCAACACAACGUUUUUCCAACAGCUCGGCAUUUGGGACACCGACAAGCGUAUCCCCGAUCUACCACGGGCGCACGCGACGUUCUUCCGGCACGUCAUUUUGGCGCGGCCGCCGAAAGUCCUUACCUUCCACAUCAACCGCAACGUGUACGUCCAUGACACCAUCGUCAAGCUGGACGUGCAUCUGGCGUUUGACGAGUCGCUGCGGCUCGCCCAUCCGUUCGUGCGCCACUGUGAAGCGAUCUCGUACGCGCUGGUUGCUGUCGUCGUGCACCACGGCAACGAGCGCGGCGGCCACUACACGUGCUAUCGCCGUGUGACGUCAGCGCGGCACUGGGUGCACAUCUCAGACGAGCAUGUUGUCGAUGUCGCCUUUGCCGACGUGUUGCGGGCAAAGGCGUACAUGCUCUUCUACGAAAUAACGUCCCCAUAAAGCAGGGCACGUGCCCUCCGUCCAACGUC